UUUCCGGCGUUGCCUUUAUUUCUGCCCGACAGAUGAAAACAUUAAUGAGGAUCUCUAAGGCCGGGUUGAUUUCUACCAAAUUUAGCAAAAUGUUACUUAUUUUACCGACGUAUAACCAAUAUAUAUCGAAGUGUUAGCCUUUAACAUCUUAAUCUAUAGUUAGCGCGGGCCCUGUGUGAACUGUAUAUCCUUUUUUUGGUUCCGUUAUAUUAUUUCCUUAUCUUAUAGCAGCCGAAAAUGAACGGAUUGUCCAUCAGCGAGUUGUGCGGCCUGUUUUGUUGCCCACCCUGUCCGAGCCGGAUUGCAGCGAAGCUGGCCUUCCUGCCGCCGGAACCCACCUACGCUCUCCUGCCAGACCUCGAGUCAAACUCACCUGUGACCUCUAACCUCGGAGCCUCUGGUUUGCGCUCACGACUGGGAGCAAGUGGAGCAGGUGGUGGUGGUGGUGGUGGUGGUGCUGGAGCAGGAGGGGGUAUUGUAGAUCGGAGUGGAGAAAGCCGAUGGAAGUUACACCUCUCGGAGAGAGCAGAGUUUCAGUAUUCUCAGAGGGAACUGGAUGGAACCGAGGUCUUCCUCACUCACUCCAGCCGCGGAAACAAAGUGGGAUGCAUGUACAUUCGCUGCGCCCCCUCCGCAAAGUUCACUGUGCUAUUUUCCCACGGUAAUGCUGUGGAUCUCGGUCAGAUGAGCAGCUUUUACAUCGGCCUGGGCACUCGCAUCAACUGUAACAUCUUCUCUUAUGAUUACUCCGGUUAUGGGGUCAGCACAGGAAAACCCUCGGAGAAGAAUUUGUAUGCAGACAUCGACGCUGCCUGGCACGCUUUGCGCUCAAGAUAUGGUAUCAGUCCAGAGAAUAUCAUUCUUUACGGGCAGAGCAUUGGCACGGUGCCAACCGUGGACCUGGCAUCUCGAUACGAAUGUGCCGCUGUGGUGCUGCACUCGCCACUCACUUCAGGAAUGAGGGUGGCAUUUCCAGACACCAAAAAGACCUACUGCUUUGAUGCUUUUCCUAACAUUGAGAAGGUGUCUAAGAUCACGUCUCCAGUGCUGAUCAUUCACGGGACUGAAGACGAGGUGAUUGAUUUCUCUCACGGUCUGGCUCUGUUCGAGCGAUGCCCGAAGGCCGUGGAGCCGCUGUGGGUGGAGGGCGCCGGGCACAACGACAUUGAGCUCUACAGUCAGUACCUGGAACGUCUGCGCAGAUUCAUCAGCCAGGAAGUGGCUGCGCAGUAAACUUCCACCAGGUCACCAAUUCAGGAAUCACCCUAGUAAUAUCAUAACCGAAAAAAGGCAGGCCCGGUGCACGCUAGCACCCGAACACUAAAUGGUAGGAAUAUAUGGAAAGCAAAAUUAACCGAAUCCACUUUUGGAGAGUUUUGUUCGUCCGUACGUUUUUGACUCUUUCUGUUCUGUCAGCCUGGAGCUGAGUUUUGUACUGAGAAGUCCCCACAUCUUCAGACUGCAAUGUCAGAACCUGUGAGUGUCGGUCUCAGGAAGAGCCUCAGUGCGUUUGAGACACUCGCUUACAGCUGAUUGGUCGUUUUUUGAUCGUGGUUUUCGUGAUAUUUGAACUGAACAAACUUAUAUCUCUUUAUGAAAUUCUUGAGUGUUUGUCUUUUAAUUUUUGUUUGUUAGGUCUCGUGUGAAAUUCGUUUCAGAUAUAGCAUCACCAGUUUUCCUGAGAAGAGCUCUCUGCUGGACAGAUUCUGUGUGUGAACGUGUGAAUGUGUUUCUUAUCCAAAUCUUCCCAUGUGUUAGUCAUCAGACAUCUUGAUAUACAUGACCGCUCAAAAGUUUGGACAUGCUUGACUGAAUUUAUAUGGCUUGUAAUCUGUAAAACCUUUUUUGAUCCAAAGACUUGUGCUGAAAGGGAUAGUUCACCCCAAAAUUCAAACUUUGUCAUUAUUUACUCACUCUCAUGCCGUUUGAUAUCCAAAAUGAUUUAUUUGAUCUUUAGAACCCAAAUGCAGAUUUAUUUUCUGGUUACUAUGGGAGUGGAUGGUGACUGCCUCUUUAGGGGCUGGACACACCAAAACUUUUAAACGCGGCUGAAAACGCCUUGAGGACGCCGAAUGCCAGCUGUUUUUCAGCUGAGUGCCAGCUUUCUUCAGCCAAGUGCUUUGGUAGCUCUGAUACGUCAGCUGUGAGACGGUUGGUUGCUGUGAUACUUGUCCCGCCCCACCUCCACUGUGAUUGGUUGCGCGUGAGAACUGACAUUGACGAGCGGAGCUUUUCUUCCAAAGUUGAACAUUUCUCAACUCUCGACGCUCAGCGCUGAGCGCGGAAAAACCGCCGGGCGCCGUUUUUCGGCGUGGAAGAAAAGCGCUGAGCUUCCAUAGAAAACAAUUGAAAACAUGCGCCGGCCGCGGGCGUAAAAGCGUUGGUGUGCACGCCCCCUUAAGCUUCAAAAGUGUUAAACUCGACCCGUGCCGUAUAUUAUAAGUGUCUUAAAGGCAUGCUACUAAAAUAUAAUCCAUUA